AAAUUGCUCCAUUUGUAUCUUCUAUUUUCUUACGUAGGCUGCUUUUUCCUGGGGUUCACCAUGCUAUGGUGCUCAGGAAAACUUUACAAGAAUAUAACAAGCACUUUACGGAUUCUGAGUUUGACUCCUUUACUGUUGAUGGACUAAAAAAUGAAAUUCUUUCACUUGUUGAGCAUCAGGGUGGCUGUGAAAAUCCGGUUUCAAUGCUUCAAUGUUGGAAAACUCUCUGUACUCGCUAUGUCAAUAAUUGGUGUAAAAACAAUGUAGCUUGUGGUCUACUGGUGGAUUCAGUCACGGGAGCUGUUGGUUUAAUCAGAAAAAAUGCAAUCUCCCUAUGCCGUGGUUUGGAGGACGUAGAGCAUCUUAUCUAUGGUUCUUUUAAUGAACUUGGCAAUAAUACAAACUCUGCACUGCAAAUUCCCGGUGAUGAGCUUGACCGGGAGAUUCUUUUUGAGUUACUCCAGUGUGUUAGUUGUGUGAGCCAGCAGUUGGGCAAAGCCUCUUCGGUUAUAUUUGAUGAGUCACUUCUUAGCACACCUCAUAUCUCGCCCGAGGAGGUUGUACCUCGCUUUAUGAAGAUUCUACAAACAGGAUAUGGUUCAUCAAUUGCAGCUCUACAAAUAUCAGAUUUGGGAGCUGAUAUUGCAUGGGAGAAAGAAGUGUCUAAUCACAGAAGUUUAAGAAAAUUUUCAAAAGAUAUGUUUUUGUCCCUUCAUUCUUUAUGCAAUAGAGCUAACACCUGGGGCAAAGUUUUGGAUGUUAUCGAGAGCUACUUAAGGUUUCUAGUGCCUCAUAAAACUGUACUCAAAUUGGGUUCUGAAGCAGUCUUCAAUGUUAAUGGUUUUGCGAUAGUGCAGGCUACUUCCCAAAUUGCCAAAGUUAUGUUUGAAUCUGCAUUGGAUGUUCUUAUGCUGCUAAGCUAUAUGGUUAGCAUCAGUGGGCAGAUUAAUAUGACACACGACGAUGUUUCAAGAGUAAAAGUUGAGUUAAUUCCUAUGAUUCAAGAAAGUCUAACCGAAUGGCAUAUUAUCCAUUUCUUUGGGACCACACCAUCUGAAUCUCCUGCAAUUGAAGAUUUUAGUUCUCAACUUUCAUCUUUACAAAUUGAUGGCAAUGAUGAUAAAAGGUCGUGGAAUGAGAGGCUUGGGAAGUGUGAUUUUCCUCUAGCUUUUAUCCUAUUAUUAAGUAUGCAAAGUUCCUCUGGAGAUCUGGGCCACCUCUCUUUCAGAAGACAUUCCAAUCCCAGCAGCUUAAUUAGUUUAAGUCGGGAGUUCACUAGCUGGAUAAUAUGGGGAAGAGAUGGAAAAGAAUCUUCUAUAUCUUUCAGCCAUUCAAUUGAUCUUGCACUAGUCUUACUUAGACAUGGCCAGUUUAAUGCUGCCGAGUAUCUGCUUACUUUGGUGGAUGCAUAUUCACACAAGGAGAAAAUAUUUGGAAGCCUUCAGGUUGUGGGUGGGAAAUUACCCACACUCCUCCAUCUUCUUGGAUGUUGUCUUGUUGCUCAGACACAAAAUGGAUUGUAUCGCCCAUUUAAAGACAGGAAACUCAGUGAAUCCGUUCGCUGCUUUUUCAGAGCUGCAUCACUGGAAGGAGCUUCCCAGGCUUUGCAAAGUUUGCCACAUGAAGCAGGAUGGCUGAGUGUUGGUUUCACUGGUUCUCUCCCGCCUGCAGCAUGGAAGCUUCAAUAUUAUCAAUGGGUGAUGCAGAUAUUUGAACAAUAUAAUAUGAGUGAAUCUGCUUGCCAAUUUGCUCUGGCUGCACUUGAGCAAGUUGACGAAGCUCUUAGUCCUAUAGAUAGCAGCUCCAGGGAAGAUUUCCUUGGGGAAUCAGUAACUUCAGUAAAGGGCCGACUUUGGGCAAAUGUCUUCAAGUUCACUUUGGAUCUUAAUUACUACCAUGAUGCAUAUUGUGCAAUAAUUUCAAAUCCUGAUGAAGAGAGCAAGAAUAUUUGUUUGAGGCGUUUCAUAAUCGUUCUUUAUGAGCGUGGUGCAAUAAAGAUACUUUGUGAUGGCCAGUUACCUUUGAUUGGUUUUGUGGAUAAGGUAGAGCGGGAACUUGUGUGGAAGGCAGAGCGUUCAGACUCUUCAGCCAAGCCAAACCCAUUCAAAUUACUUUAUGCAUUUGAGAUGCACAGAAAUAACUGGCGGAAGGCUGCAAGUUAUAUGUACCUGUAUUCCGUGCAGAUGAGAGCUGUAGCAGCAUUAAAAGAUCACCAGCCCAGGUCUUUGGCUCUGCAAGAGAGGCUGAAUGGGCUAUCUACUGCUAUUAAUGCUCUACAUCUUGUUCAUCCUGCAUAUGCUUGGAUUGAAGCUCCGGUUGAUGAAACUUUUCUAUAUAAAGAAAACUACCCAAGUAAAAAGGCUAGGACAAUCAUGGAAGGAAAAGCUCUUGAUGAUGAUGGUCAGCCUCAAAAGCUGCAAUCAUAUUUGGAUGUUGAGAAACUUGAAAAUGAGUUUGUUAUAACAUCAGCAGAAUAUUUACUUUCUUUGUUGAACGUCAAGUGGACUUUCACUGGAAAUGAUGGACCAUCAUCUGACCUAAUUGAUCUGCUGGUCGAAUCAAAUUUAUAUGAUAUGGCAUUUACUGUGAUCCUUAUGUUUUGGAAGGGUUCUAGACUGAAAAGGGAACUUGAAAGAGUAUUUACUGCAAUGUCAUUGAAAUGCUGUCCUAGCAGACCAAUACCCCCAUCGUUUGGGAAUGAUAGUAAAACAAAUUGCCUUCUGUUGACUUCAUCACAAGAUGAGGUAGUUAGUCGUGGCUCACUUGAUGUGGGUACAACAGUGCAACAAUCUAUGGGCAAUCGCCAGUGGGAAAUGCUUGAAGUCUAUCUUGAUAAAUAUAAAGCAUUUCAUCCCAGAUUACCAGUAAUUGUUGCUGAAACUCUUCUUUCUGCCGAUCCUGAGAUUGAAUUACCACUGUGGUUGGUUCGAAUUUUCAAGGGUGUUAGAAAGGAAAGAAACCUAGGAAUGACUGGAAAUGAGUCCAAUCCAGCAUCCUUGUUUCGCCUAUAUGUUGACUAUGGCCGACUUGCAGAAGCUACUAAUUUACUAAUUGAGUACAUUGAAUCCUUGGCAUCGCGACCAGCAGACGUCAUUCGUCGUAAAGCACAAUUUGCAGUUUGGUUUCCCUAUACUACAAUCGAACGUCUGUGGUGCCUUCUCGAGGAAUCUAUCAGAUUGGGCCACAGGAUCGAUCAGUCCGAAAAUCUGAAAAAAUUGUUGCACAGCGUGCUGGUGAACCAUCUCAAUCUGCUUAAAGUAGAUUCAGACGAUGUUCAGUCUUCUCCAGUCCUCAAAACCUCGUCGUAGCAGUUUUUGAAGCUAUGAGACGUUCUAGAUUCUUCCAUUUUCGGUAGGAGCCUCACAACUUAUAUGUCUGCCUUUCAUCUAGUACUACUACCAUGCCAAAUCAAUUUUGCUUGGCAGCAAAUUGGCUGGAUCAGUUGUCUUGUGGAGGCUAGAUGUGGCUCAAGAUUCAUCCAGGCUUAAGUUCUCAGCUGUCAGUUUCAAAUAUUGUAGAACUUAAUAUUUGUUUUGUGUUGUAUUGAAUUGUAUCAAAUUAAUUAUGAUCAAGAAAUUUUAUUGGUAGAGCUUUCUUUUCUUGACUGAAGAUUGAGAUGAGAUGUCAAUGAAUGAAAAAUGUGAAUCCUUGGGAAUGAUUGAAUUCUACCUGGGCUGGAGA